AUGACAGAGGAAGUCUUCUUGCUCUACUCGAACCUUCAGGCGUCUUCGUCAAGCACGCCAGACACUGGCUUUCGUGGCCUCGGUCACGUCGACUCCAAAACAGAUACCCUAAUCGUCAAGAUCGAGCUAACAGCACCGCUAUCUAAAUCAGGCACCACUAGUGGUAGCACCAAGGAGGCCACGAGGAAGCACCACAAAAAGGCCACUUCCAAGAACACCAUUCGAUCGGACAUCUCACUGGAGGUUGAGCUAUGGCAGGACAAAACCGCUUUGCGUAGCAGGAAAGGGGAUACCGGCAGCGUUUUGUGGAAGGCAAGCGUCGAUUUUGCGCAGAUCAUCCUACAACAGUUGUAUUUUGGUAACGCGGGCGAUCGGCCUAAUCUGCUAGAUGCUGAACGUCUCAAAUCAUCCCAUGUUCUGGAGCUUGGAGCAGGCACAGGUCUACUCUCCAUCCUGCUUUCACCGUUCGUAAAGCGUUACACAGUAACUGAUAUCGAAGCUCUCGUCCCCCUUAUCCGAAAGAACAUAUUGAACAAUAACAUCGACCACAUACACGCAAACCUUCCUCCCAGCAUCAAAACCACCGUCCACCAGUAUACUUCCAAUAUAACCGUACAGACCCUUGACUGGCUCGACCUCCAUGCCCUAACGAGCCCCACUCUCCGCACGAAGUACACCUCUGCAGUCUCUCCGGAACCUGUAGACCUGCUUCUCAUCGUCGAUUGCAUAUACAACCCCUCGCUAUUGCCGGCUCUCAUCAGUGCAAUUGAUACUCUGACUGUCCCUGAACAGACGAUUGUUCUGGUUAUCGUGGAACUCAGAGCCGAAGACGUCGUUCGCGAUUUUCUGACAUUGUGGUUAGCCGUGGAUUCUUGGGUCAUACGACGGAUAGAGGGCUUCUUGAAGGGCCCUUAUGCGGUAUGGACGGGCGUGAAGACCCGUUGA